CUCGUUCAAAAGUCGAAUCCUACAAACUUGCACGGAAAGAAAAAGCAUGGUGUAUUACGAUGUACAUCAAUAAUCUUCUUGCUUCCUCCGCUCUGCUGGGCCUGGCAUCCGCCGGAUACACCACGAAAUACCUCACCGGGUCAUCAAACAACACGAUCCAGGUCCUUGUCGAAGGAGAUGGUCCGUCACUUCUCGUCUGGCCGUCUUUUGCGCGUGACAGCAUCGACGAUUUCCACGAGUUUUCAACCGCCCUCGCCGAUGCAGGCUACCGCGUCUUGCGUCCUCAACCCCGAGGCAUGGGCGAAUCUACCGGCCCCAUCGACACCACUUGGGCCGAGGUAGGCGCCGACCUAGUCUCGGUCAUUGAUACCUUUGGCAACGGAAAGGCCGUGGUGCUCGGCCACGCCGCCGGCCAACGUAUGGCAAAGAACAUGGCUGCCGCCUACCCAGACAAGGUGCCCUCAAUUGUCCUGGCGUGCAUCAACACCGGCAUCAACACCAACGCCACCAUUGCAGCUACGGCCAACGUUGCGAGCAACUAUACUUAUUCCGUAGAGGAGCGACUUGCUGCUUUGGAGUUGGGGUACUUUGCUCCCGGACACAAUGCCUCUCUGUGGUUGACGGGUUGGUUCCUUGAGGCUAUGGGCUCUACGACGGGCGCUCCUACAAGCACCACAAUUGGCAGCAACACUACUCAGAUCUUGGACAUCAUCGCGAAACUAGAUCCGUGGAGAAGAGAAGACCAGUGGAACUAUACCACGGGGCUGGUGGGGAGCCGGUCCACGGUAGUCUUUGUUGAAGAUGCUUCUCACGCGCUGUUCCCUGAAAACUUGCAGGGCGUCGUGGAUAUUAUGGUGCCUUGGUUGAAGACCCAGACUUCAUCUUGGAAAUAAGUCCUUACAAUUUCAGAAUCAUUUUAAUCAAUCAACUGAAGAAGGAAACGCUAUCUUGAGUCCAGCCACAAAAGAACAUGAUUGUUGCUCCCCAAGAAGCUUGUUGGCGUGAGUUACAUCUUGAGGUUCAAACCUCCCAGUCGGACGAUCAAGUUUCGAGACAUUGAACAGAGAGCAC